AUGCCAGCUUGUGACAACGCGUGUGUGGCACAGUGCCAACAAUGCCAAGCUGCCUGCUCUGACCAACAGCUGCAACAACCUACUCAGGUGAUCCAGAUUGUUCUCCAGCAGAGCAUCGCCCAAUCUCCUCAGUGCCAACCCCAAUGCGAAUCCAGCUGCGUAUCCCAGUGCACCCAACAGAGCCAACCAAUUGCUGCUUGCCAACCUGCAUGCGUCCAGAGCUGUAACAACUCAUGCGCAGCCGCUGCUCAACCCAUUGUCAUCUCCUGCCAGCCAGCAACGACCUCGUCGUCGUGCCAGUGCCAAACUGGCUAUGCACCAUGCGCCAAUAACAGUCAAUGCUGUCGCCGUCGUUAA